AUGGACCCCCUUCUCCUGCUGCUCCUGCUGCUCCCCCGGCAGGCAGAGCCGGCCCCCGCUGCUCCCCUCAGCAAGGAGCUCUUCCCCAUGCCCGCCAGCGUCUUGCGAGCGCUCUCCAGCCGGGGCACGUUGGUGCUGGAAGCUGCCAUGAAGGCCGCCCUGCUCUCCCUGGAGGAGGCCCUGUCGGAACAUAGCCGGCGUCUGCGAGAGUGCAAGGAAUGCGGACUCUGCCUCCUUGGCGACUGUGGGAAUCGGAGUAGGCUUUGCACCCGGCUCGAAAACGAUCUGGACUCUCUGAACACAGUGGCGGAUCAGCCUGUUCCAGAAUCGUGCGGGCACCGUGGGGUCCCUGCCCCUAACGCAACGCUGGUGAAGGGGAAGAUCGUGGGAGGCAACCGGGCCAAGCCUGGCGCCUGGCCGUGGCUGGCAUCGGUGCUGCUCAACAGAGAGCUGAUGUGCAGCGGGGUGCUGGUGGGGGGUGCUUGGAUCCUCACAGCUGCCCACUGCUUUGCCGGAAGCCGAAAUGAGCUGGCCUGGUCUGUGGUCCUGGGUGACUAUGAUCUAACCCAGCGGGAUGAAGGCGAACAAGUGGUCCCGGUCAGCCGCAUCCUGCCACACCCCAAGUUUGACCCGAAGACCUUUCACGGGGAUGUGGCUUUGCUAGAACUGAGCACUCCCGUGCGCCCCUCGGCCUGGGUGACCCCCGUGUGCCUCCCAGAGCAGGCCACGGAGCUGAGCCAGGGGAUCCUCUGCUAUAUCGUUGGCUGGGGCUCACUCUAUGAAGACGGACCGCCUGCUGAGGUGGUCAUGGAAGCCCGGGUGCCUAUAUUGGCACAAGAUCUCUGCCGUGGCGCUCUAGGGAGCCAGCUUGUCAGCAGUGCCAUGUUCUGCGCUGGGUACCUCUCUGGAGGCAUCGACUCUUGUCAGGGGGACUCUGGGGGGCCCCUGACCUGCUGGGAUCCUCUGCUGGAGCGCUACGUCCUGCACGGAAUCACCUCCUGGGGCGCCGGCUGCGGGGAGCGCGGGAAACCGGGGGUGUACACCCGCAUCGCUGCCUUUGCCGGCUGGAUCCGAGAGCAGAUGGAGCGAUCGCCCUCCAGCCGGGAGCCCAGCUGCUCAGAGUGGCUGGCUGCUGCCCAGGCGCCGGGAGAGAAGCAGCUGGCAGAACUUCGUCGCUUGUGUGCCUUCUAUGCGCAGCCCUGUUCCCGGUCGCCCAGCCCAGCAGCCUGCGUCCAGGGCGCCGAGGAGAAGUGCAAGGGGAGGAGGCAGCAAUGCGGUGAGUGCAGUGGCCUCCGAGGAAGCUCGUAA